UUAUAGGUAAUAGAUAUUAGAUAAAAAAUAUAAGCAAAGAAUCUUAGCAUAAGCCAUAACUUGUUUGCUAUUACCAAAGGAGUUUAGAAUAAAAUGGAUAAAUGUGAUAAUACGCCUGUCCACGGCACUAAAGUGCCAUUUGAUCCUGGCUGGAACGAUCCACCUCAGUUUUCGUAUAGUGCACAACAAACGACACCUAAUAGGCCACGAAAUUUUCUAAAUAAACGUGUCGCCUUUCCACUAUCAGGUACAGGAUCGACACCAGUGUCUAGUCCUCCGGCAAAUUUGCCUCCUAUGCCAGUGCCAAUGGUCCCGGCAGUUCCAACACUGAGCACACAAAUUAUUAGUAGAAAUGAAAGUGAACUUAUUGAAAUUGACAGUGCAAGUACACUCAAGGAAGUAAAAGACAUUUUAUUGAGAUUUAUUGAUAGUGGAGAUCUGGGAUCCAAAGGAAAUGAAGUGAAAAAAAGAAUAAAUGUAAUGGAGAAUAUGUGGUUAAAUGGAAAACUGAAUAGAAGUAUUCAACUUCAAAUGAAAGAACUGGCAUAUGCUCUCCGUGAUGAUCAACCGGCUAGGGCAGAUGAAAUCCACAAAUCCCUGAUGGUGGAUCAUGUGAGUUCAGUUUCCAUAUGGAUGUCUGGUGUCAAACAACUCAUUUAUCAUUGCAUUGCACGCAUAGAACUGCUGGAUAUUGACAAACAAGAAAGCGAAAAAUGUGAUACAGAAUAAUUAAUCCGUUUUGGUUCCAACUUGCCCUGUAAGUUAACAUUAGGUAGAGAAUAAUACUUGCAUUGAAUGUAUGACAUAAUAAUCAAUUUUAUACUCACAUAACUUUUAUUAUAAUAAUAUUUAUUUAAACAAAACUGCAAUAUCAAAUUAUAAAUGUU